AUACAUCUAAAUUAUCUUUAGUUUCAUAUCAAAACUAUCACUCGCUAGUUUCGCCUCUCCAAAAUCCCUUCAAAAAACAUGUUCACACAAAUAUUAUCUAAUAAUCAAGCCCAUGUGAUGAGCUAUCUUUAGAAAGACAUUUUAACACAUAUAACCAACCAUUUUUUUGCACUAAAGUACAUAAACUCCCAUCUUUUGCCUUUCAAUACACCCUUCUAGUCUCCAUAUUUUUUAAUAAAUUCAUAGAAAAAAUAUAAUAUAUACUUUCUGCCCACUUUCCUUUAUACAACUUACUAGUUGAUUCAAUUUCUUUCCCUUUCCUUCUGUUUUCCCUUUUUCCACCGCACUGUAAGUCUCUCCACACAGGCGCAGCUUUUUUCUUAGCGUGUGUUUAAGGCAAAUAUAUAUAUUAUAAUGUUCUCAAAAAAGGGUCUUUUUUUUUUUAAGGAAUCAAUUAAUUGUUGUUUCUUGAUCUGAAAUGGGUAGUCUUUAAAUGGUUUUCUUGAUUUAGUUUUGAAGUUUAUGCAAGUUGCUAAACUAAAUAGAUUUAGGAGUUCUCUUUUUUUUUUCUCAUUUGGGAAUUUACACAAACAGGUUGUGAGCAAGAUUUGCAACAAGUGUUGCUUUUUGAGUUUGGUUCAUUGUGGAAAAUCUAGAAAAGGGUUGUGUGCAAGAUUGAGUUUUUUUUUUUGCUCAUUUGGGAAAAUCCACAAAAGGGUUGUUGUAUCAUUGUGUGCAAGAUUGUAGUUUGUUGAUUUGGAUGUGACUAUAUAAAAAUGUCAUCUUUUAGUGGUUUAGGUAUUGGUUUGAGUUUUGUAUUUGGUUGUAUCCUCAUGGCACUUGUAGCAGAGUUGUAUUACUUGUUAUGGGUAAGAAAAAGAAUCCCAAAGAAUGAAACAGAGACUCAGUACAACAACAACAACACCACCACCCCUUGUGCCACUGAACUUUCUCAUCUUUUUUGUUGGAAGAAGCCAACAAAAAAUGUUAGUAGCCAACAAAGAAGCAACACAGAAAUGACUGGUCAUGUUCAUGAUCAAGAUCAAGAUUUGGAGUUAGGGAAUAGCAAAGAUUUGUUGCUAAAAGGAUAUGGUGAAGAUAGUGUAGAAUCAGAGUUAAUGAGGCUACACAAUCUAUGUGGACCUCCUAGAUUUCUCUUCACAAUUAAAGAAGAAACAAAAGAGGAUUUAGAAUCUGAAGAUGGUAAAUCUAGAAGUAGAAACAAAAGCUUUAGUGAUCUUAUCCUUACACCUCUGUCAUCACCACCAAUUAAGACUCAAAAUCUUGAUUCUUACAAUUGUCAAGGAUUCAAUCCACUCUUUGAAUCAUCAAAUGAGUUGAACAAACUCAAAUCUUCACCCCCUCCAAAGUUCAAGUUCCUUAGAGAUGCUGAGGAGAAGCUUAUAAGAAGAUUAAUAGAAUUAGAAGCAGAAAAAAAGGUAAUCAAGAAUGAUGUUUGUUCAAUAGAGGAAAAAGGAUCAUUCAUAUCAUUUCUUGGAAAGAGCAAAAUGAGAGAACAAAUACAAGUAAACUCUACUACUUGUGUAAAGGUACUUCCAUUGGCUUCUUCACCUUCAACCUACAACUCAAUUGAUGGAGAGGUUUAAAUUUCUUUUAUUUAUGUUUUCUUCUUUUUCAUCUUAUUAACCAAAAAAGUACAGUAAUUACCUUUCUUUGUAUUAAUUAACUUUAGUUUUUUCAGAUAGAAAAUUAGAGAUUUUUAUUAUUGUAACUUCUUUGGAUUCUUAGUGGUAAUUAAUGGUUUUGUUUAGCUUGUGAUUGUUAAUAAUGGAUCAUAGGUAAAGAGAUGAA